AUGUCCGGCCGUCUCCACUCCGCCCCGCCCUUCAGGGCCGAGCAAAUGGGCUCCCUCCUCCGCCCCCAGAACCUCCUCGACAUCCGCGCCACCAUCCGGGACACCAACGUCUCCGAGGCCGACGCCGGGCUCCCCGCCGCCGAAAAGGCCGCCAUCACCGACGUGGUCAAGAUGCAGACGGACCUAGGCUUCAAGGCCGUGACGGACGGCGAGUUCGUGCGCACCCGCUUCUGGGGCCUCACUUGGGACGAGUUCGAGGGCACCACGCGCCUGCAGGACGCCGAGGCCUCCAUGUUCCGCCUCUACCACCCGGACGUCGUCAGCCUCAUCGAGCAGGACCGCAAGGUCAUGCCCGGCGAUUCCGUCAUCGCCGGCGGCAAGAUUCGCUUCAACCCGGCCAAGUCGGUGUCCAACUUGCACGAGGUCAAGCUCGUCCAGGACGCCCUGCCCGAGGCGGAUCGCGGCAACGCGUAUGCGAAUGACGCCGAGUACUUUGCUGACGUUGCCAAGGCGUACAAUGACGAGCUGAGGCACUUGUACGAUGCUGGUCUGAGGAACGUUCAAUUUGACGAUCCCGGCAUGGCUUACUUCUGCUCCCAAAAGUUCCGCGACGGCUGGGCCGCCGACUCCGACAACAUCGGCACCGUCGAAGACCUCUUCGACGCCUACAUCAAGCUCUACAACGACUCCCUCGCCGGCCUCCCCGAGGACCUGCACACCGGCAUCCACCUGUGCCGCGGCAACUUCAUCGGCGGCCGCCACUUCGCCGAGGGCGCCUACGACAUUAUUGCCCAAAAGCUCUUCGAGAACCUCGACGUCAAUACCUUUUACCUCGAGUACGACACCGAGCGCUCCGGCGGCUUCGAGCCCCUGCGCUUCCUCCCCAAGAACAAGAACGUCGUCGUCGGCAUCGUCAGCACGAAGCUCGCCCAGCUCGAGGAUAAAGAGGAGAUGAAGGCCCGCGUGUACCGCGCCGCCGACUUCAUCGCCGAGGGGAGCGGCCAGACCAAGGAGGAGGCGCUUCGUCGCGUGUGCGUGAGCCCGCAGUGCGGGUUUAGCACGCACGAGAGCGGGUACCCGCUCGGUGAUGCGGAGCAGGCGGCGAAGCUGAAGCUGGUGAGGGAGAUUGCUGAUGAGAUUUGGGGCGAGCCGUAA